AUGACCAAAAAGAUUCUGAUGGUUUGUAUGGGAAAUAUCUGCCGCUCACCUAUAGCCGAGGCGGUAAUGCGAAAGGCACUACAACGCCGAGGUUUUGAUAAAGAGUGGCUGGUCGACAGUGCAGCUCUGGUAGGUUAUCAUUCUGGUUCUUUGCCCGAAGAACGUGUCCUCAAUGUUCUGCAACAGCAUGGCAUUCACUAUGACAAAGAAGCCCGAGUUAUUAAUUCACAAGAUUUCCAAGAAUGUGAUUAUAUUUUCGGUAUGGAUAUGGAUAAUGUUGCGGAACUUCGUAAGAUUGCUACACCCGAAUGUAAAGCAAAAAUAAUGCUAUUAGGCGAUUUUGGUCUACCGGAAACGGAAAAGAUUAUACAUGAUCCAUAUUAUUUUCUUGGCGAAGCGCCAUUCGAAGAGGUCUAUGAUAAAUGUGUGGUGGCCUGCAAAGCAUUUAUAGAGGACAUUGUUAUGAAAACUCAGUGA